UGAAAUCAAAAUAUUUUUUUUUCAUAUAUCGUAUUGAAACUUUUGUUCUUUUUAUAGUUCUAAAUACUAAAAUAAGCAAAUUAAUAUUAAUAAACUUCGUAAUAUCACAAUGGAUUAUUCAAUUAUAAGUAACAAAACCGGCUGUACCGAAAUAGAAGAUAUAACCAACGGCGAAUUAUCCGAACGUUAUUACUUACUCAAAAAACAAUUUGAAAAUGUAUCUAGCAGCUAUGAAGCGACAAAACAAGAACUGCACGAUAUUAGAAGGAGUUAUCAGACCGCUCUGGACGUUCAAAGUCAUUUGAACGCUGAAUUGGAGAGCCAUCAGGCAGACGAACAAAAGCGAAGAAAUGAACUGAAUUUUCGGUUGACAUCUCUACAAGAUGAGAUAUCAUCAUUGCAUGAGGAAAGGUCGGAUAUAUUGGAUAAACAUUCGGUGGAAGUUAAAAAGUUUCAGGGAGAAAUUAAACGACUGAAGGAGGAACAAGCAAUUGCUAAUCAAAGACAUAGUCCAGUUAAAGAUACGAGCGAGCUUGACGAAGCCCGAGCUGCUGUGACCACUGCUCUAUCUGAUGCUGCUGCAGCAAAAGCAGCGCUUGAGGAAGCACGCGCAGAGAUCAUGUCGUGGAGGAUGAGAGCUGAGGAGCUGUUAACAGAGAUGUCUGAAGUGAAGGCGGCGUCUGAUUUGCGCCGUGAGGAGUUGAAAGCCGCUGGAGAGCGCGAAGCGGCUACUUUGGCGGAUCUAGCGGAAGCGAGAGCAUUGCUGCAUCAGUGCACUGAUGCUCAGGAUGUACAGCCACAUGCUGCUAAAGGCAACUCCAUAUUCGCUGAAGUUGAAGACAAAAGGCAGGAGAUGGCUAAGAAUCUAAUACAAAUGAAACAGACCAACUCACGGUUAAGGAGAGAGCUUGCAAACAAACAGGCAGAAGUGGACACAUUGCUGCAUGAGAAACAGACUAUUUGGGAGCAGCAAAUUGGGGCAUCAGCACAUUAUGACAAGGAACUUAUAGAUAGCUAUGAAGAGCGCAUCACGCAGCUGACAGGUCUUUGUGAGAGGCAGAGACGGGAGCUGGCACAGUGGUUUGGCAAAUUAUGUGAACCGACUGCUAAUGGUUGGCUGCCUGGAGUGUUGGACCAUCUAAAAUCAGAAUGUGAACAGUUAAGAGCAGAAGUGCUGUCCCGUGGUGUCGCCCAACUCGCGAGCGCCGCGCAAAUAAGAGAACUACGCAGGAAGCUCGCCGUCAUGACCGCCAAAGAAGCAAAACAAGCCAUCAGCUCACCUACUGAACCUAAUGUCCAAGAUGAUAGGGAAGAUAUUAGCGCACCUAGAGUGCAAGUCAAAAGUAAACCUACUAUUGACGAUGUGAAGAAGAAAGUGUCCUUUAAUUAAUAAUAAUAAUAAUCCUGGACAAUUCAC